ACUAACACCUCCAAAAUCCUACCCAACACUCUUUUUAAUACGUUCCAAUUUUUUUCUAUUCAAACACUUCCAUAUGCUUGGUGAGCAAAACCUAACCCCCCAACAGAAUAUAUAUCUAUAAAUCUUCAUAGGAACAAACAGCCAAAACAUUCUGUUUGGUUCCUGUGAAUAUAUAUAUAUAUAUAUAUAUAUAUAGAUAUAUUUUUCUCUUGUCCUUUGUCUUCCUCCAACAACCAGAUUAGUUCUCUUGCACCAAGUUUUAAGCUUUGGAACAUUUAUUUCUUUGGUAAUUAUAUAUUACAUAAAGAUAUACAGUAAAAUACACCAGGAGCACUUUACUAGUUUCUUUUUUUUUUCUUUUUUUUUUUUGGUUUUAUAGCAUUGAAACCAAUGGAAAUGUCGGAUGGAGAGACAAAUGAAGAUGCAUACAGUAGUGGGUUAUGUCCAAAAGAUCCAUUAAAGUGGGGAAUAGCGGCAGAAGCAUUGAAAGGUAGCCAUCUAGACGAGGUGAAGAAAAUGGUUAGAGAAUAUAGGAAUCCAGUGGUUAGGCUCGGUGGUGAGACACUGACCAUAGGGCAGGUGGCUGCGGUGGCCGUUGGUGCUGGGGCCGCAGGCAAUAGAGUGGCAGUUGAGCUGUGCGAGUCGGCUAGGGCUGGAGUCAAGGCAAGUAGCGAUUGGGUUAUGGAAAGUAUGGAGAAAGGGACAGAUAGUUAUGGUGUUACCACUGGAUUUGGUGCAACUUCCCAUAGAAGAACUAAGCAAGGAGCUGCCCUACAGAAAGAACUUAUUAGGUUUUUAAAUGCUGGAAUUCUUGGCCAUGGAACGGAAUCAUCCCACAUAUUGCCACAAUCAGCAACAAGGGCUGCUAUGCUAGUAAGGAUAAACACCCUCCUCCAAGGAUACUCAGGCAUCAGGUUUGAGAUAUUAGAAGCCAUUACUAAGCUAAUUAACCACAACAUCACUCCAUGCCUGCCUCUGCGUGGCUCCAUAACUGCUUCAGGCGAUUUAUUACCCUUUUCCUACAUUGCUGGAUUCCUGACAGGCAGACCGAAUUCCAUUGCUUUAGGGCCUAAUGGAGGUUCCCUUGAUGCUGGAGAAGCCUUUCGGCUGGCGGGUAUUGAUGCAGGGUUUUUCGAGUUGCAGCCUAAGGAAGGUCUUGCACUUGUUAAUGGCACAGGAGUUGGUGCUGGCUUGGCAUCAAUAGUCCUUUUUGAGGCCAACAUAUUGGCACUUCUAUCAGAAGUUGUAUCUGCUAUUUUUGCUGAAGUUAUGCAAGGAAAACCUGAGUUUACGGAUCAUUUGACGCAUAAGUUGAAGCAUCAUCCUGGGCAGAUUGAGGCUGCAGCUAUAAUGGAACAUAUUUUGGAUGGAAGUUCAUAUGUUAAGCAAGCAAAGAAGUUACAUGAAAUGGAUCCCUUACAAAAGCCUAAACAGGACCGGUAUGCUCUUCGAACUUCACCACAAUGGUUAGGUCCUCAAAUCGAAGUGAUUCGAUCAUCGACUAAGUCUAUAGAGAGAGAAAUAAACUCAGUGAACGAUAAUCCAUUGAUUGAUGUUUCAAGAAAUAAAGCCUUACAUGGUGGGAACUUUCAGGGCACCCCAAUUGGUGUAUCAAUGGACAACACCAGAUUGGCAUUAGCUUCCAUAGGAAAACUCAUGUUUGCACAAUUCUCAGAAUUGGUUAAUGAUUUCUACAAUAAUGGGUUGCCUUCGAAUCUAACAGGAGGAAGAAAUCCAAGCUUGGAUUAUGGUUUUAAGGGUGCUGAGAUAGCUAUGGCAGCUUAUUGCUCUGAGCUCCAAUACCUUGCCAAUCCCGUCACAAACCAUGUCCAGAGUGCUGAGCAGCACAAUCAAGAUGUCAACUCAUUAGGUCUGAUAUCUUCAAGAAAAACAGCAGAAGCAGUUGAUAUCUUAAAGCUAAUGUCCUCAACUUUCUUGGUUGCACUUUGCCAAGCUAUAGAUUUAAGGCAUUUAGAAGAGAAUUUGAAGAGUGCAGUUAAGAACACAGUGAGCCAAGUGGCUAGGACAGUUCUGACAAUAGGAAUAAAUGGUGAGCUUCAUCCUUCAAGAUUCUGUGAGAAGGAUCUGCUAAGAGUAGUCAAUCGCGAGCAUGUGUUUGCAUACAUUGACGAGCCAUGUAGUUCAACUUAUCCUCUAAUGCAAAAGCUGAGGCAAGUACUUGUUGAUCAUGCAUUGAUAAACAAUGAUGAUACGAACAACGUAAAUGCUUCAAUAUUCCUGAAGAUAGGUGCUUUCGAGGAGGAAUUGAAAGCCGUAUUGCCAAAAGAGGUUGAAGCUGCAAGAAAUGCUUUUGAAAGUGGAAAUCCGGAAAUUCCAAAUAGAAUCAGGGAGAGCAGGUCUUAUCCGCUGUAUAAGUUUGUAAGAGAAGAUUUAGGGACUGAAAUCUUAACAGGGGAGAAGAUCAAAUCACCAGGUGAGGAAUUUGAUAAGUUGUUUAGAGCAAUGUGUGAAGGAAAGAUAGUUGACCCUCUUCUUGAGUGUCUCAAAAAUUGGGAUGGUAUGCCUCUGCCAAUUUGUUAAAGGCCUGCAUUCUAACCGAGAAGGGAUUAUUAGUUUGUGUACUGUAUUCUAAUAGCAGUCCUUUUGUUCCAUCGCCUUUCACUUUUCACACGUAAUUUGAAGUCUGUGUGCCAAUCAAUUAAUGUAUAGCUAGGAGUGUAAUUCUCGAUAUUACGUAUACUCUGUAUUAUUAUUUCCUAUUGUUCUCUUUCAAAAAUAAACCAGUUAUAGGCAA